GUGUCUCCCUCCCCAAACAACCAAUCAGCUUUCAGGAUUCAGCCAAUCAUGGGGGGGGGGGAAAUAAAACCUCCCUUUUCGGAUUAGAAAUGCUUGAUUAAGGAGUGGAAGUGAAAAGGGUGGAUGUUGAUACAGCCAUGUCGCAACAACGGGUCCUACCCCAGAGUAAAGAAACCCUCCUCCAGUCCUACAACAAGCGUCUGAAAGAUGAUGUCAAAUCCAUCAUGGACAACUUCACAGAAAUCAUCAAGUCUGCAAAGAUUGAAGAAGAAACCCAAGUGUCUCGCGCGACCCAAGGCGAACAGGAUAACUAUGAGAUGCACGUCAGAGCGGCAAAUAUUGUCCGAGCUGGCGAGUCCCUCAUGAAGCUGGUGUCCGAUCUGAAGCAAUUCUUAAUCCUUAAUGAUUUUCCUUCGGUCAACGAAGCCAUCAACCAACGCAAUCAGCAAUUGCGGGCUCUGCAGGAGGAAUGCGACAAGAAACUGAUCGCGCUGCGGGAUGAAAUCUCCGUCGACCUCUACGAACUGGAAGAGGAGUAUUACUCUUCCAGCUACGGCGUCUGCGAUGCCAGCCACCUCUCUCUUUCCGAAGCCUACUGGAGACAGGAUUCAGCCGGUUCGCCUCUGGAAAACCUCGUCACCUCCCUGGCUGCCGCCGCCAGCGCAAUGGAGCAGAAUCUUCCCGCCCCGCAGGCCUCAGUGCCUUCGCACCCGCACAUCAACGGGCACGGAGUGGGCGCCCCUGAGCAUCCUUAAAAGGGAUUUCCCCCCUCGCUCCUUGCAUUUCAACAAUAAACUUUAGCAACCAAAAUGUCGGGCACAAUUCGUAAGCUGAGGGUGCUACCUGUAUGCGUAUGGGGAUUUACUUGGUGUUUUCAGUCCUCGACUUAUAACAAUUCAUGCAGCGACGGUACUGAAAAGACCGUUUUUCACACUGACGAUCGUUGCAGCCUCUGGCAUCUGGUUCAUAUUUACGAUGGGCGUAGCAUCCCGGGGUGUCACGCAAUUCCCUUUUGUGACCUACUGACGAGUGAAGUCCACACGGAAGCCAUUCGCUUAAUAACCGGCUUAAUUACUAGCUUCACAAUUGCAUCGAUUCACUACAACGGUAGCAAGAAAGCCAGAAGACGGAGCAAAACUCACUCAGCUGCCAUCUCCCUUAGCAGCAGAAAUGAUUGGGCUCCGUCGUAAGUCGAGGACUAUCUGUAGCAGCUGUCUUCUUGUCGUUUCUGUGUUUGCAAUGCCGUUUUGAUAUUCUGGAAAGCUUUUUUGUUUGUUUGUUUCUUUGAGAAGAUAUUUAACAUCAUAACCCAGAGACGUUUUUAAGGGGAUGCUCAGACUAGGGGGGAAAAAUGACCUCUCUGUUGUUGUGAGAUCUCUUUUUCUGUGACUUCGAGAAGGAGAAAACCUCAGGCCCCCAAAUACUGCUGAGUGACAAACCCCAAAAUACCCAGCCAACAGAGUUUAAGGUUCCCGGACAGUGAUAGUUAAAGAGACCUACAGCUUUUCCACCAGACGUGAUUUUAAAAAUCAGGUAACCUUAAAGAGACAUUUAACAGUGUUGAAAAUGUGAAAGACACCAAUGGGGUUUUUCUUCCAUUUAUGGAAAACUUUACAGUUUUUUUUAAAAAAAUAUUUUUUCUCAUUGUACGAGGCUGUUGAAAUAAAGGUAGCUGAGUUUGGUUACUG